CAAUACCCGCAUGCUUUGUCUCACGCCCAUUUCUCUUCCAGGUCACAAAUAUUCUCUUCCUCUCUCUCUGAAUCAUUCUUGCAACCUCAAAGGAUAGUUGCAAAGAGGAAGAGAUGGAACUUCCCUUCUUCCCAACCCUUUACUCAACCGUUAAAGGUUUGGUAGUGAGACAACCUUUUUUCCCGACCCUGGAAGAUUGGCUAGUGAAUCACCCGAAAAUCCUUGAAUUUUCAUGGGACAAUGGCCAAACUCCAGGCUCCUCCCAGCGCUUCCUUACCCUCACUGUCCUGUCCUACAUCUCCUUCACGUUCAUUCUCUCCCAAGUGUCUCGCCCUUCCCUCGCACGUCCGGUCCUGAAAUCGAUCUCAGCACUCCACAACAUGUUCCUCCUUGUCCUCUCCUUCGUCAUGGCCCUUGGUUGCCUCGUUUCCAUCUUCUCCCAGGUGCCUAACUUUAAUACUCUCGUCUGCCUCCCUAAGCGCACAUCGCCAUCGGGACCCCUAUUUUUCUGGGCCUAUAUCUUCUACCUCUCCAAGAUUGUUGAAUUCAUGGAUACCCUUUUGAUCAUCCUCAGCAACUCCAUGAAAAGACUGUCAUUUCUUCACGUGUACCACCACUCCAUGGUCUUAAUCAUGUGCUACAUGUGCUUAGAAAGCGCUCAAUCUUCCUUCUCCAUGGUGCUUGUUACCAACUGCGUGGUGCAUAUUGUAAUGUACACCUACUACUUGAUGUGCACCCUCGGGAUGCGCCCCAAGUGGAAGAAAGCGGUGACUGAUUUCCAGCUUCUGCAGUUCUGGGCAAGCUUUCUGAUCAUGGCCAUGCUUGUCUUCUACCACUUCACCGGGUCAGGGUGCUCCGGUGUUUUGAGCUGGUUCUUCAAUGCAUUCUUCAUCAUUUCUCUCCUGUUCUUGUUCUCAGACUUCCAUGCUAAGAGUUACUCAUCCCCUAAGGUUAAGGGUAACUAAUUCAUUAGGAUUAAAACAAAAUUGCCCAUUUCUUUUCAAUUUUUAUACUUUAUUUUUCAGGGUGCUUUAGUUCAUGAAAAACAAAUAUGCACAUUGCCAAAGUGCACUAUCUACUUCUACGACUUCAAUUGUUCCUCAUGUAUCUUAAUUAGCAGUAUUACUUUGUAUCACUGUUCUUCAAUUCAAGAGUUGAAUUAUUUAUUACUAA